AUGUCCCGAAUCGGCUGGGAGUUCACUGCCUGGACCGAUAUCCUAAGCGAUGUCAACCUACCAUAUCACGAAGCCGCAGUUCGAGAAGCCCGAGAGCUUCCUGUAUCGACCUUUUCCGAGAUCUUGCGCAGUAUUGACCCGCUACAGUCUCCUGCAGCUGACAUCGCACAUGGACUCAACCUCACUCCGGCACAUGCGCAGUUCACCUUUCCCGGCAUGCUGCUCAACCAGUUUGGCGUACGCAAAGUCCAUCACGGCAUCCUCCAGGGCGUCCGGACCCUUAUUGAGAUUCGCAGUCAAGCCCCGCCGUCUCACAGCCCAACGGCCGCAGACUUUGAAGUAGCCAUGAGAUGUGCGGGCGCAGCAAUGGACCAUCAACAAGCCAAGGCAUUCUGGACCGCCAUGGCAGCCCAAGGCUUGCAGGAUUCUCGGUCGUCAAAGUCGUGGUCCGACUUUAUCAAGGCUCGUUUCAUGGUAGAGCCCGUCUACUACCAGUUCGACCGCUCCAGAGUUGCGUUCCUUGCGCGCGACCUGUACAGCAACCACAACCCGCUGCCUGUAUCGAAGCUCGAACGCCUGGAAAACAUCAGAUUCGGCGUCAACGCUUUGAAGAGAGAGCCGUGGAACCGCAGACCAGACCAGUUGGACGAAGACUUGCGGCGUCUCCUCCGCCGGCGCGCAGGCUACACGAGCUACAAGAACCACUGGAUACGAAACCUCUACUACGGCCACGAAAUGGACGAAGAGCUCCUGUGCACCUCCAUGAUCGCCUUUGCCAGGUCCAGCUCCGUCUACUCCAUCAAGAAGCUCAUCCUGGAGAGCUACCACGGCAUCGUCGUCACCACCACCGAAGAUGGCGGCAUCCAAGUAUCCGGAGGCCGCGACUUCGCCCACAACUCCCCCCUGAAACCGACCCCGCGCCUGUUGCACGCCAUCGUCGAGGCCUUUGGGUCCAUGUCGCACAUCGUCCUCGGCACGAAGCUGCUGGACUUUGUCUCCCGCCGCUACGGCAUCGCCAUCCCGCACGAGACGUGGUCCAGCCUCCUCAGCUGGACCUACGUCUCGGCCUCCAAGCCCUUGAAGCGCACCCGCGACAUCCACUCCGGCAGCCUCUCCACGGCCAGCUCCGCCGCCGACGUCCGCCACGUCUGGGACGUCAUGACCGCGGCGCCGUACAGCGUCACCCCGACGCUGGCCGACCUCGACAUCUACGUCAAAACCCUCAUCAACCAGCGCUCCUUUGGCCAAGCCAUCGGCGCCAUCCGCACCCACGCAAUCCCCCUCUACGACUCCCUCACCACCGCCCACCACACCGCCCUCGCCGACGAAGUCCUCCAGCUCGACGCCCUCCACUCCAUCUCCACCGCCCACGCCUCCUCCCUCACCUCCCGGGCCACCUCCCGCCGCCGCCAGGCCCAGCUCUACAAGGACCACGCCCACCACACCAUCUCCUCGUGGUUCGCCCGCCUCCUCAAGUCCGCUUCCGCCACAAAGGCCCGCCAGUCCUCCCUCAUGCGCGUCCGCGUCCCCGACCUGCUCCUCGAGUUCCCCGGCUUCUUCCACCACGAGAUCCGCUACCGCACCGCCCAGGGCCACGUCGUCCUGCGCCGCCCGGACGCCGACGUCACCCGGCGCUUCGACUGGGACGCCGGCACCUUCCGCCGCACCCUUCCGCAGAAGAAGGCCGGUCUCUAUGCGCGAGAGUUUGAGGGCGCCAGCGACCCCGAGUUUCCCUGGCCUCAGGUUGACAGCAUCAAGGUGUUGGAGUGGAAGAGGGUGCCGAGGAAGAGAUCCGAGCUGGCGCGUCGACCGCCGGGUGAGGCGGCGAGGGAGUCGAGGGCGAAAGGAUGGUGGGAUGCCUUGGAAGAGGAAUUGAUGCUGUAG